AUGUUAAUUAACGAGGAGACUGCGGCCACGGCUGACAGCCUUUCAAAUUUCACACUUUACAUUUUUCCAUUCUCGUUAUACUCUAUUAUGGCGAGAUUUACGUAUGCUUUAGGUCGCAAGAGUCCGGAGCACCAAGACUUGCCGAUGCAAGUUAAGUUGGUCAAUCUGCACCGCGGCGAGAACUUCUCUCCGGGAUAUCUUCUUGAAGUCAACCCUAAAGGCCAAGUUCCAGCCCUCACAGGAGAAAGACUCGCAAAACCACUGACCAGCUCUUUGGGCAUAUCCUACUGGCUGUGCCGACAAUAUCCUCACCUCCUGCCUCAAGAAUACGAAGCUCACAUUGCAUCUCUUCUUUCAAAGAUUCAUAGCAUUCAGUCACUUUCUCUCUCUGUACCUGAUAAAAGGGAUCGCAUUUAUGGGGUUCCCAAUGUGGCUGCUGAAAAGCUGAGUACGGCCAGCGACGUGACGGAAGACUACCGGAAAGCAUUGCAGUUCAAAGCAGAUUUGUAA